AUGUCCGUCGACCCUGUGGAAUUCAGGGAACUUUGUCGGUCCGGGAAGUUCCAGAACCAAACAAGCGGCCAGUGUCCCGGUUAUGCCCAGGCAAACCUAGUCAUUCUUCCUUCUGCUGUCGCUGGCGACUUUAGAGAUCUCUGUAUAAGAAACCCAGUCCCUUUGCCGCUACUAGGGAUGUCCGCAAGCCCCGGGGACUUUUCAAAAAUCGACGAUUCUCGUGUUUUGGCCGACAACACUUUUGACAUCAGAAAAGACUUCCCCAGCUACAACGUUUAUGAAAAGGGAACUUUGGUGGCCAGUCCGUCCGACAUCUCGGAUUUGUGGAACAAGCAGAGUGUUGCGUUUCUUAUUGGCUGUUCCUUUUCGUUCGAGCAUGCGCUAGCCCAGGCUGGUUUGCCUGCCAAAAACUCUGUGCUCAAGAAGAACGUCUCCAUGUACAAAACGUCAAAGAUGUUGGACAGUGCCGGGAUUUUUGUGAACGUGCCGUAUGUGGUCAGCAUGCGGCCCUAUAAGGUGAAAGACGUGGAAACGGUCAGAGCAGUGACACGAAAGUACCGCAAAACACACGGCGAACCAAUUGACUGGGGCUUCGAGGCGCUCGCCCGCCUUGGAAUAGAGGACUUGCGGAAACCCGACUACGGUGAUGCUACGGAGUUGGCGGAAGACGAAAUUCCUGUCUUUUGGGGCUGUGGUGUCACAGCUCAAGUGGCGGCGAUGUCUGUAGCCAGUAAGAUUGAAGGAAACAUCAUUGGCCAUGCUCCCGGCUGCAUGCUAGUUCUUGAUAUCCAAGAUGAGGAUAUUGUUUCGAUGAUAUAG